UCCAGGAAACCCUUUUUGGGCUAAAUUCGUAUUUUUUUUUUUUUAUUUUUAUAUUGGCUGUUUCUUUAGACAUAACGUACAAGUCUUUUUCUCUCUUUCUUGUAUUUGCUUUUAUAGGCAGCUAUUCUCAUUAAUUUAUUAACAACAAACAAACAAACACCCUUCUUUUCGCAACGCCUCCUCCAAAAAAGAUUAAACAACGCUUGUUCGUAUUUCAUGUUAACCAUCUUUCACCUCACCAUCGUCAUCUCUUUUGUACCGUAAAAUGAAUAAUGAUUCAAGUCGCUUAUACACACAACCUGUUCCUGUCUCCACCACGACAGCACUUCAUUACCGCCAAUUCAAAAACUCCACCAGUGUAUCAUCUACCAUUGGCGCCAUACCUGAUUCCACCGAUUUAUUGAAAAUGAAGGCUGAUUUAGAAGCUUUGUUACCCAUAUCCGAAAAGAGGAUACGUCAUCUACAGCAAGAUUGGACGACUUUAAAGAAAAACAUACGUAUACGGGAAUUAACUGAUAAAGAGCAAAGACAUUUGGAUCAACAGUUGAAAGAACUCGUCCUUGAAGAAGAACAAGCAGUAACAGCAGCAGCAGCAGCAGAAGCAGCAACAGAAAAGGGAGCAGCAAAAGAUGAAAACGAGGAAAAGCCGUCGGUUCCAUCGCAACAACAACAACAACAACAACAACAACAACAACAACAAAAGAAUAAACUAGCGACAACGGCAGGCAAAAGUAAACGAUCGUACGAGAUAGGAAAGAUGCAACACAUAAAGCAAGAAAAACUAGACGACGACGACUAUGAUGUAUUGCAAUCCUCCUCCACCAUGAACGGUAGCAGUAGUAACAGCAAAAAUAAUGACAGACAAUUAGCGCUCGAAGCAUUGCGACGAAAAAGAAGACGAGAUGAUGAGAGCCUAUUAAAGAGUAAAUAUGCAAAUACAUUAUCAAGAAGUGAAUCACCGCAUCCCAAUGCCAAACUAAAAAAAUUGGAAGAUGCCUCUAUUACCCGUAGCUUACCACCUCCUUCGAACAACCCCCCUAAAUCUUAUCACCACCAUUCACACAAGAAUAAUAACCAUCACACUUGGUCUCCACCCCAUGUGAAGAAAAAGAAAGCCAACGAUAACAACACGACACAUGUCAAAAUACGUGCUCAUCAUUCAUCUCAACAGCAGCAGCAGCAGCAGCAGCAGCAGCAGCAGCAACCACAGGAAGUGGAUUUUGUACGUGUAAAAGCCAAAGAUCAGAUUCCCAUUACCACGUUUUGGUCUACGAUGGAACCUUAUUUUAAGACGUUGACCGAAGAAGAUAGACAAUUCUUGAUGCCUAAAGAUGAAAAAGAAGUAGAAAGAUAUUAUCAUAUACCAGCUCUAGGGAGACACUAUACAGAAGUAUGGGCGGAAGAAGAUCAGCAGCAGCAGCAGCAGCAACAACAACAACGAUUACAUUUAUCAGAUACCAUAAAUCAUAAUCAUUUCAAACGUUCUCAAUCUCCCAUGCAUCAAGAGGGUUCGGAUCAUCAUCAGCCGCCGCCGCCGCCGCCACCCCCCUCCAUGCCUCAUUUACAGUUUCUCGAUUCGCCUCGACAGCAAUUGACCGAUGAUCAAUUGUUAGCAUCCGACCUGAGUUGUGGACUUUUGACCGAAAGGUUAUUGAGCAGUUUAGUCGUGGAACAGCAACAGCCGCAGGAGGAGGAGGAGGAGGAGGAGGACGGGGACGGGGACGGGGAUGGGGAAGGGGAUGGGGAAGAGGAGGAAGACGACGACGAGAAUGAUGAGGAUUCGACGCAUGCGUCCUAUCACAACAUGGAAGUCGAUAUGCUGAUGAUGAUGCAUCCGAAUGACGACGUGAUGGACCAUUUGUACAACAAUCCUCUCUUUUAUGCCAACCCUACAGCGGCAGCGGCGAAUGCUGCUGCUGCUGCUGGGAUGGACAAAACGAUCCAUGUAGAGGAAUUUGAAGAAAGACUGAAAAGAGAACUACGUUAUGCAGGGCUCUUUGGCGAAGACGAUGAUAUUAUCGAUUGGAACGCGAGAGAAGACGAUGAAAUAUGUGCUGAAUUAAGGUCAGCAGCCAAAGAACUAAAAGAACAGUUUAGAAAGAACGAACAGAGAAAGAAAAAGUUGCUACAGGUCGUAGACCACCAAUUGCAAUAUGAACAGUAUAGACAUGUGCUAGAUACGCUAGAUGCACAAGUGGAACAAUGUUAUUUGAAACGGUUUCGCACUCAGAAAUCUAAAAAGAGAAAGACGCCUCAUUCUUCAAAAGCAGCCUUAUCAGAACAUGCUGUCCAUGCCAUGUCAAAAAGAAAAGCCUGGAUUGAUGCUUUGGAAUGCAUCUUCAAAGAUAAAAACAUGGCGAUGCCAUCUGUUUCUAUUUACGAACAAGAACCGCCAGAGGAAGAGGAAGAGAACGAAGAAGACGACGACAACGAGGAAGGGGCAGCAACCACAGCAGAUAAAGGCCACCCUCACUUUGGUAGCAAGAAUGCUGCAACAACCAAGGGAAGGAGGAAGCAUGUUGAUUUUUAUACCAACAGUAAUAGCACACCGAUCAAGAGAGAAGCGUGAUACUUUUACCAUCGCGAGCCAAUUUGUAAAUAGGACUUAUUCCCCUUUUCUU